AUGAAAACUAAGAUAGUGUCUUUAUUUCUAAAAAGAGAACAUCUGAUAUUAGUUUCAAAAAUGCUCCAAAUAACUGAUAAUGCUAAUGAUUAAGAAAUACAUAUUUAAAAAAUUGAUUCCAAAAACUAAAAAUCUGAAAAUAGAAUUCUAAAAACAGAAAGAUGGCCAUAAUAAGAUUUAGAAUACUUUCAGAAUUGUUUUCUUUAAAUAGCAAAUUUAACUUUUUCUUAUUUCAAAUUUCACUUACCAGCAAAUUCAGCUCUACAAAUUAAAGAACAUAUAAAAUUUAUUCAUGUUAUAAAGUAAAUCAAUUUUGGUGGAGUAACAAUAGAAGAAGUAUUCAAAUAACAACGAGUAAACUAUUAUUUUUAUAGUAGACUCGACUCAACUUAGAAAUAUCCAAAAUUACUAAAUCUAUAAAACUCAUAGAUGAACCUAUUAUGUCAAAACUUAUGAAUACAAAAAUAGAUCUAUUCUAAAUUUAAACAAUUUAAGAUAAAUAUUUCUUUCCUAAAAAUAAUGACUUUAUUACACCUUAUUUAAUUCUUAAUUUAAAAUCACACAUCCCAAAAACAACUUUAAGAUAUUAAAAUAAAGAACUACAAUCAAGUAUUACAAGUUUAGAAGAUAUUCCUCCUUUUUAAUUAAUGAAUUCUAAUCUCAUAUAACCAAUUCUUAAUUAUGAAUCAUUUAAAAAUGGUUACGAAUAUAAAUUCAAUAAACUUAUGUAAAGAAAUUCACUGGUUUAAUAUACUAUUAAAAAAUAUUAAAAUAAAAUCAAAUAAUAUGAAAUUAAACCUGAACAUAAUCGCACAGAAGAUUCCCUUAAUGAAAUCAAAAAAAUAUUUUGUUCUUAAAUUAAGUAAGUAUAUGAAAAUAAAAUAAAUCAAAUCUUCAUUGAUUCUAAUAUUAAGUUUAUAAAUCCUACAAAUUAUGAGAGUCCUUCUCUAAAAGUUACUCCAUUUUAGACAGUUAAAAAUUUUGAGUCUGUAAUAAUGAAUCAAAUUAAAGAAAAUUAAGAAAGUCAAGAAUUUAUUCCUUCUCAAAACGUAAAUGAAGAAUAAACUAUCCCAAAAACCUUUGAUUUUCCAUAAAAUCAUGAUUUAAUAUCUCUUAGCAUUUCAUAACAGUGUCUUAAAGACUCAAUGAUGAUGUAUUUUUAAACAUAAAAAAAUUUAUAAAUAUCUGAAGAUAAAUCAUCCAACAAAUUAGAAUAAAGAUUAAUUAAACCAACACUGUAAUCACUAGACUUUAAGUAAUCUGAAUUAUAAAAUUAAAGUAGCAGUAGGUUUCAUAGAAAAAUUUUUAAUUUAAAUAUUCAAGACAAAAAUGAUAAUUCAUAGUUAAAUAAUAAAUUUUUAAAUAUUCAGCAUUAAAUAAUAGAACCUUCUACUAAAUAACUAGAAUUCUAAAAUUAAAAAGAACCUCCUACUAAAUAAAUAGAAUUUUUAAAUUAAAAAGCAAUUUUAUCAAACAGAAAUCUUUAAUAAAAAUCUUUAGAUAGAAUAACUUUAAAGCCACUAGUGUAUUAAACAGCAAGAUUAAAAGAAAUCAGAGAUUCAAAUAGAGAAAAAAAAGAGUCUUCUUUUCCAUAUAUAAAAGAAUCACUACCUAAUAUUUAAUAAGGAGCAAAUGAUUUUGAAUAAGAAAAAUUAAAAGAACAUGAGUCAAAAUUUUCUUUAUAAGGUGGUUUAUAAAAACGUAUUUAAACAAAUGAAAAAGAAGAAAACCCUGUUAAGGAAAUAUUAUUAUUCUAAAAAAAAAAUUGUAAUCUAAAAAAUCAAAUAUAAAAUUAACUAAUUUUGUUAACUCGUUCUGAGUAAAUAUUAAAUACUUUGAUGUCAAAUGGAUAAAUUAAAGGAACAGAACUAUAUUAAUAAUUACUGUAGCCAAUAAAAAUUCAUUCAAGUGCAAAAUUUUUAACUCCUAAAAGUAACAAUCUAAUAUCUAGAACAAAAUUUAAAAAAAUAUACCAAGAUAGCAAUAUGUUCAGCCUUAAAUGA